AUGAGCUCCGCUGAUUCAGCUUCCGGCAGUGAGAGCGAUGGCAGCUCUUCUUCCGCGAGUUCCAGCUCUGGCUCAUCGCUUCGGCAGUCGACUCGGGCUCACCGAUCCAAGGCGUCCGCACAGCAUCUAGACGACGAUGUAAGCGACAAGGAGGAGGAAGACUCUGCAUCAGAGCAAGAGGGUCAAUCUGGCGAUGAAGUGAAUGCCACCUCUUCUGAUCCAUCGAUCAAGCAGGUUGAAGAGCAGACCAAAUCAUUCGCUGAGCUAGGCGUGCAUCCGUCGAUAUGCGAGGCCUGCGAAAGCAUGGGGUUCAAAAAGCCCACCCCUAUCCAAGCCCAAGCCAUACCUGAAGCGCUGGGAGGCCGCGAUAUCAUAGGACUAGCAGAGACAGGAUCGGGCAAGACUGCCGCCUUUUCUAUACCCCUGUUGAAUGCGCUUUGGGACUCGCCAGCUCCCUUUUACGGGCUCAUUCUAGCCCCAACCAGAGAGCUGUGCUAUCAGAUAUCUCAGCAGGUGGAAGGUCUUGGAAGCGUGAUCGGCGUGAGAUGCGCUACGAUCGUGGGUGGCAUGGACAUGAUGGCUCAGAGCAUCGCGCUCGGCAAGAGACCACACGUCAUCGUCGCGACACCCGGUCGUUUGAUGGAUCAUUUGGAGAAUACAAAAGGAUUCAGCCUCAGAGCGCUCAAAUUCAUGGUGAGUCUCAGACUUCAUGUCGCACGUAUCUGAUCCCGCUGACAUCUGCUCUACAAAUUGCGCACGUAGAUCAUGGACGAGGCGGAUCGAUUGCUAGAUAUGGACUUUGGUCCCAUCAUCGACAAGCUGCUCCUCGCCAUCCCUAGAGAUAGGACUACGAUGCUGUUCAGCGCCACAAUGACCACUCGCGUGGCCAAGCUUCAGCGGGCCAGUUUGCGCAAUCCUAUUCGAGUGGAAGUGGGCAGCAAGUAUCAAACCGUGUCAACCUUAUCGCAGCACUACCUUUUCAUGCCUUUCGCGCAGAAGGACACAUAUCUGGUUCAUUUGGCUAAUGAGCAAGCCGGACAAUCUGUGCUGGUCUUCACACGGACCGUCCAUGACGCGCAGAGAGUCUCGAUCUUACUACGCCUGCUUGGCUUCUCCGCCAUUCCUCUGCACGGUCAACUCUCACAGACGGCGCGAUUGGGUGCACUCAACAAGUUCAAGGCUGGUGGACGGGCCAUUUUGGUGGCGACGGACGUGGCGAGCAGAGGUUUGGAUAUCCCGGCUGUCGACCUGGUCGUCAACUACGACAUACCAACCCACUCGAAAGACUACAUCCACCGCGUCGGACGUACUGCCAGAGCAGGACGCAGUGGGAGGAGUGUCACGCUGGUCACCCAGUAUGACGUAGAAUUGCUGCAGCGCAUAGAACACGUCAUUGGCCAAAAGCUGACGGAAUUUCCAGGUUGCGAAAGAGAGAUGGUCAUGCUCUUGUCAGAGAGGGUUGGACAAGCUUGUAGGGAAGCCAUCAGGGAGAUGAAGGACUGGAAAGGAUCUGCUGGAGGCGCUGGCAAGAGAAAGAGGAGAGGCGAUAAGGAUGACAUGGACAGAGAUGAUGACGAAGUGCAGGCUGGAAUGCCUUCCAGAGGGCGAGGCGGUGGUGGGAGAGGGAGGGGCGGCGGUGGCGCUAGGGGAAGAGGAGGCCAUAAGAAGAGGGGACGACAUUGA